AUGAAGUACUUUGCACGCUCCUCAGCUUUUCAUAAUAAAAUUGUCAUCUUUCUUUCUGUUUUAUUCGCAGCUUCAGCUCAUCCCACUCAUAAAGACUUUCUUCUGUGCCUUCGUGCGUCGAACUCUACAAUAUUCACUCCUAAAUCUGUAAUCUACACUCCAAAUGAUUCGUUGUAUGCCAUAAUAUUGAAAUCAUCCAUACAAAACCCUCGUUUUUCUUCUCCUUCGACUCCGAAACCAUUCGUUAUCAUCACACCAUUUCAUGUCUCCCACGUACAGGCCACCAUUCGUUGCUCCAAGAAACAUGGCGUGCAAGUAAGGACCCGAAGUGGCGGCCAUGAUUUUGAGGGCCUUUCUUAUCUGUCAAAUGUCCCGUUUGUUAUGAUUGACUUGAGAAAUUUAAGUUCGAUUAACGUAGAUGUGGAGAGCCAAACUGCUUGGGUUCAAGCUGGAGCUAAUCUCGGUGAACUUUAUUAUAGGAUUGCCGAGAAAAGUGGAAACCUUGGUUUUCCUGCCGGUGUUUGCAACACCGUGGGUGUUGGCGGACACUUUAGUGGCGGAGGCCACGGUUAUCUGUCACGGAAAUAUGGCCUCGCGGCUGAUAAUAUUGUCGAUGCACAAUUAAUCGACCCUCAGGCAAGACUUCUUGAUCGGAAAUCAAUGGGUGAAGAUUUGUUCUGGGCCAUACGUGGUGGUGGAGCGGCAAGCUUUGGGAUCGUUCUUGCCUGGAAAGUUCAAUUAGUUCUUGUUCCACCCACAGUCACGGUGUUUAAUGUCAACCGGAACUUAGAACACGAUGAAACAAAGAAGCUUGUUCAUCGUUGGCAACAUGUUGCUAACAAAGUCGACGACGAGCUAACAAUCUUCCUCGUUCUACGAACUAAGAGUCCUGUCGAUAAGAAAGGGAGUAAAAAAAGUGUACUAGAAGCUUCCUUCCAGGCCACGUUUCAUGGCGGCGUGGAUAGGCUCCUUCAAUUGAUGCAAAAGCAGUUUCCUGAGCUGGGUUUGCUAAGACAAGAGUGUACCAAAAUGAGAUGGGUCGAGUCCUUUCUCUAUUUCAAUGGAUUCACAAAUGGAGAAUCUUUAGAUGUUCUACUAGAUAGGACACCUAGUUCAAAAUUGUUGUCUUUUAAAGCGAAAUCUGACUAUGUGCAAGAGCCUAUUCCAUGUGAUGUAUUAGAAAGAAUGCUAGGAAAGUUGUAUGAAGAAGAGGUAGGAAGAGGUUGGGUUGAACUGUUUCCUUAUGGAGGGAAAAUGAACGAGAUUUCAGAAUCUGCAAUCCCAUUCCCUCACCGAUCUGGGAAUCUCUACAAAAUUUUGUACUAUGCGGAAUGGGAAGAAGAAGGAAAUAUUACAACGUCCAAAAAGCAUGUAAGUUGGGUAAGAAGGCUUUACGACUAUAUGACUCCUUAUGUGUCAAAAAAUCCAAGGGCUACAUAUCUCAACUAUAAGGACCUUGACCUCGGGAUAAAUAACAAUGAGUGCCCCACCACGAGUACCUAUGAGAAUGCACAUGCAAGGAUUUGGGGUCCUAUGUAUUUUAAGGAUAAUUUCAAGAGGUUGAUUCAUGUGAAGAGUAUAGUUGAUCCAACUAAUUUCUUCGUAAAUGAACAAAGCAUCCCACCUCUUCUUACCCCAAGUGAUUAAAAUGGCAAUUAAGGAUCCUGCUGUGCUAAA